UAUUUGAAAAAAGGCCACUAAAAAAACAAUUAAAGAACUACUCCAAAGUUCGUUCCUUUACCUUCACCUUCACCUCCACCUCCACCUCGGGGACCUUGGGCUUCGGAUCUCCAGCCGAAUUAUUCGAUGCGCUAGCUGUUUAAAUUCGAAGAGGCAGCCGAAUAAUUCAGCAUCCAUGGCAUGGGAGCUCCUGUUUUGGCUCUACGCCUUCGCCUCUGUAAUCGGCCUCGUUGCCCUCACUGCUUAUCAGCUUAUUUGCUUAUCGGAUUUGGAGUACGAUUAUAUCAACCCAUAUGAUUCAUCGGCUCGUAUAAAUGCGGUGGUCAUUCCAGAGUUUGUGGUUCAAGGAGCUUUAUGCACAUUGUUGUUCCUCACAUGGCAUUGGUUUCCAUUUCUAUUAAUGGCACCUGUCACCUACUACCAUAUAAGAUUGUUUAUGGAAAGAAAGCACCAUAUAGAUGUCACCGAGAUCUUUAGAGUGCUGAAUGUAGAGAAGAAAUACCGAAUGGUCAAGCUUGCUCUCUAUUUCAUCAUCUUCUUUAUUGUAAUCUACAGGGACUUCACAUUCAAAAUAUCUAUAGGAUCCAUUAACCACUUCACAAUAGAGUCUACAGACAACCGAGACAUGAGCAAGCAGUUGUCGGAGGAGGAGGCCUGUGUGUUAUAAGAUUAUUCUGAGGACUCAUCUUCAGGCAUCAUUUUCGAUUGUGUCAGUGAAAUUUAUUGAUCUGGAACGUUUCUCCUUAGUUUCCCAAAACUGAUUGUUAUCUCAGAUAAUUGUUGUUGUAGAAACCGUGACAAGUUCAUGUACAUUUCUCUUUGUAUUCAUAAAGGUCAUGUAAAUAGAUUGUCAUUAUUUGUGGAGGUGCAGUCACCUGAUGUCGUUUGUUGCUAUCAUGAGGUUUAGUGAAUGGAGAUGUUGUUUCCACUGUUGUAAGCGUAAUCGAUUCAGAAAUUACAUGAAUCUUGAGCUCUAUAAUUGACAAUUGCUUAGAUGAGUAAAGUGAUGCUGCUCCGACUUCUUUA